AUUCACUGCGUCUCUUCUGGAACAUCUAUAGAAUAAGCGAUAGGUCCGCCAUAAAAGGCAGGACCUUUCUCCACACUUCGUCUUGCAAACGAUUCAGCCUAUUUUCUUACAUACCUCACCGUCUUCAACCAUGUCUUCUCAAGUUUGCGGCAAGUGUGAUAAAACGGUGUAUGCGACCGAAAAGGUUGAAGCGGCACAAAAGUGGUAUCAUAAGGGAUGCUUCAAAUGCAACGACCCACAUUGUAAUAUUCAGUUGACUCUGAAAACGUUCCAAGUCGUCAACGAUAACGUUUGGUGCGGUAAGCACGCACCGAAGCCGAAUGCUACCUACGGUCUAGACACGGUGCAAACUCAACAUGCGCUGAGUGCCCCGAAAAAGACCACAGAAGGUUUGCACAAAAUCCAGGUCGGCACGGGAGAAAGUCCCACAUACGGGCUCGAUACUGUGCAAACACAGCACGCUCUAAGCGCUCCAAAGAAACAAGCAGAAAAUCUACACAAAGUUCAAGUUGGAACCGGCGAGCAGUACAGCUAUGGACUCAAUACACUGCAGACCCAGCAUGCGUUAAACGCUCCCAAGAAACAGGUUGAGAAUAUUGGCCAUGUGAAGAAGGGAGAUGGCUCGACUGUGCCCAGGUCGGUGAAUGACAAGCUUUCACAUAGCCAGGAGGAGUUGUACGAGGAUUCCAACGGCCAGGACUCUCUGCAGGAGGAGAUCGCAGCGUGAUUUGGUUUACUAGUAUGUUACAUAGCAGCUCUAGCUGUGACAUUCAAGAAGGCAUGAUAAAGAUGACGUGCUCUUGUUCACUCAUUCCCAGAUAGUUAAACUGUAGCGAUAAUUCUCAUAUAAUACCAAUAGUGUUUCUUGUGC